AUGUCCGAACGACAGUCGAACCGUUCGAAUGGCAGUACUAGCUCGCUGCCAUCGACUUCGACCAGAACGACUGCGACUUCUCGUAGUAGGCCGAGCACCGCACUCCACAACUCCUCUCACCGUCAGGGUCAAGUCUUGAUUUCUGGAGGCCAGCCUCCUCGAUAUGCUAUCGACCUCUCCCAGGCCCCACGCGACCGUCAUCGCGAAAUAUGCAAAGCCUUCAAAUCCGAGAUCCUUGCCCUCUCCCAGCUGUACAACUCCACCCUCGAGCUGUUCGGAGCACUGGGCAGGUUCAUCGCGAUGUUCGCGAAGGUGUUGUUGAGGAGGGUGUGGUCAGAUGAGGAGACGGAGGAGAUUAGAGGGAUUGCGGAGGAGAGUGGGAUUCCGGUCCAUAUGGUCGUGGCGUAUAACACGUUUUUGGACUUGUUUUCUGGGUGUGUUAGUGGGGGUGUAAGGGAGGGGAGUGUGGAGGGUGGGAGGAUGCUGCACUUUAGAGGAUUGGAUUGGGAUAUGGAGCCUUUGAGGGAUAUGAUUAUCCAAGUUGAAUAUGUCAGGGAGGGGAAGGUCGUUGCAAGAAGCGUCACAUAUGCUGGGUAUGUUGGAAGCUUAACGGGCGUGAGGGAAGGACUCUCAAUAUCGUUGAAUUACCGAGCAAGAAUCAUCUCGUCCAAGUCCGUGUUCGCCCACCGUUGGCAUCAAUUAUGUCUUCUUCUGGGCUUCCGACAAUCCAUUUCUAGUCAACUACGCACCCUCCUCCUUUCUCCAGGACCAGCACCGUCCCUCGACCAUAUCUCGUCAACCUUCCAAUCGAACCACGCUUCCCCUUCCUACUUGACGUUCUGCUCCCCCGCAGAAGUUAUGGUGAUAGAAAAAGACCUGAAAAGUGCGACGGUGCAGAGGUCGGAUUCGUUCCUUGCUGUUACGAACCAUGACGCGAUGAUGGAGGAGUGGGACGAGGGUGUGUGGAGAACCACGGUGAAAGAGAGCGGGCUUACGGAUAUUGGAGGGAUCAUGGAAGAUAGUAUCCAACGAAAGCGAUGUGUUGCGGGGAUGUGGAAGGAGUGUAGUGGCGGACUGGUGACUGCGAAAGGGUCGGGUAUGAGUGGGAAAGAGGGUGGAGUGUCGGUGGAGGAUGUGAAGAAGUGGUUAAGGACGUAUCCUGUUCGGAAUGAGUGCACGCAUUUUUCGUGUAUAAUGGAUCCGGCUGGAGAGGGUGGUGGGUUGGUUUGGGCGGAGACGUACGAUGAAAGCGCUUGA